CAUAGCCGAAGAAUAUAUAAAUAAAACUUUUGAAUCAUGUAAAAACGUAAUCAAUCCAUCCAGCGGUGGUUUGGCGAUGGAUAUAGCAUGUGGUUCACAUGGGGCGAGCAGAUGCACACCAAAGAAAUGGUUCGAAUAUAUGGGUAGUACGAGUGAAAAUGGUUUCGUACCAUUUCAAAUAAACAACGUCUACGAUCACCCCGAUCCUUGGAAUGCAAUUGUCAAACCUUGUAACGAGCCCUACGAUAAUACGUCGCUUAGCUGCAGUUGCGUCGAUUGUCCAACAGCGUGUCCCGUAACAAAAUUAACAAUUGAUUCCAAAGAUUUUAUUCUUUUGGGUAUAAAUGGUUUUGGAAUAAUAGCUGCGAUUGUCGUAGUACUUAUUACGAUGAUCGUUACUGGGAUUUAUGUGUUUUUAUCAAAAAUGAAAAAAAAAGACAUAUUUUUUCCCAUGGUGACAAUAAUAGAUUGUCACAAAAUCUUUCGAAACAUCUUCGAGAAAUUUUUUUACACGUGGGGAGCAGUAUUUGCUGCAUAUCCAGUCCUAUGGUUGUUCAUAUCAUCAUACGCGGUCUUGGGAAUGAGUUAUGGCAUUAAUUAUCUCAUUAUAACUGUAAACCCGAUAGAAAUUUGGGCAUCACCCAACAGUAGAUCAAGAAUAGAGAAAGAUUACUUUGAUACACGUUUCCGACCAUUUUACAGAACCGAACAAAUUUAUAUAAAGCCUGUAGGUAUUGAUAAGGUUUUACACAAUACGUCAAAUGGUAUACAAGAAUACGGUCCGGUCUUUAACAAGGAUUUUUUAUUUGCCGUUUACGAUCUUCAAGAAAAAGUUUUAAAGCUUGGCCGAGACACUAACGAAAGUAUGGAAAAUUAUUGUUACGCUCCCGUGUAUAAUGAUUUUCUUGGUCCAAUGUCCGUAUCUUAUUGCACGGUGCAAAGUAUAUGGGGUUAUUUUCAAAACAAUAUAACUACUUUUAACGAGACGGAUCAAAUAAAGGGAUACGAGACUAAUUAUUUGGAUCGUCUUUACAAAUGCAUGCAAAAUCCAUUUAAUCCGGAUUGCAUGGCCCCAUACAAAGGUCCGAUUUUUCCUGCGCUAGCAGUUGGAGGAUUUUUAAAAGAAAAUGAAUUCAAUUACGAUUCUUCUGACUAUAUUAAAGCUAAUGGAUUAAUUCUAUCAUUUUUAAUGAAUAAUCAUUUAGAUGAAGAAAAACUCGAGCCCGUUAUCAAAUGGGAACAAAGGUUUAUCAAUUUUAUGAAGGAUUGGGUAAUACAUGAAAAACCGGACUUUAUGGAUGUGGCAUUCGUAACAGAAAAAUCUAUUCAAGAUGAAUUAGAUAGAACGUCGAAAGCAGAAGUUGUGACAAUGAUAAUUAGUUAUGCAGUUAUGUUCCUCUACAUCUCGUUUGCAUUAGGACAAAUGAGAGGGUCCAUUAAAAAAUGUUUUGGUUCAAGUAAAAUCGUUGUGAGUAUUGGUGGUAUUAUUAUAGUAAUUGCAUCGGUAAUUUCCUCAUUAGGAAUUUUUGGAUAUAUUGGUGUAUCCACAACUUUGCUCACGAUCGAGGUAAUUCCUUUCCUAGUACUGGCUGUUGGUGUCGAUAAUAUAUUUAUUUUGGUACAAACUUAUCAAAGAAAUCGCAAACGACCAGAGGAAUCGAUACCAGAACAUUUAGGUAGAAUAACAGCCAUGGUUGGACCAUCGAUGUUAUUAACCAGCAUGUCCGAAUUAUUUUGCUUUUUGAUUGGUGCAUUUUCCUCGAUGCCAGCUGUCAACACAUUCGCAAUGUAUGCAUCUGUGUCUAUUCUAAUUAAUUUCUUACUUCAAAUAACUGCCUUUAUCAGUUUAUUAUCUUUGGAUGCUUGGAGAUCAGAGCAAAUUCGAUUAGAUGUACUCUGUUGCAUUUCAACAAAUAAAAGAUCACAUGUAGAAUCUGAUAAUCACGGUCUGGUUCAUAUUGUGUUCAAACAAGUUUAUACAUCAUUUCUUAUGAAAAAACCAGUUAGAAUAAUCGUUCUCGUUAUUUUUAUUACUAUGUUUACCAUUCACACUGCUGUAUUUCCUAGCAUCGAAGUUGGUUUGGAUCAGAAAUUAUCUAUGCCUGAAGAUUCUUACGUUUUGAAGUAUUUCCAGUAUAUGGACGAUUUAUUAUCCAUGGGACCACCUGUAUACUUUGUAGUAACGGAAGGUUUAAAUUAUAGCAACACCAAUGUUCAAAAUACAAUUUGCGGUGGUCAACAGUGUAACGUGGAUUCUUUAUACACACAAAUAUAUUCUGCGGCUAAUCAAUCGUCUAUAUCGUAUUUAUCGAAAGCUGCUUCUUCCUGGAUAGAUGAUUAUUUCGAUUGGUCGACCAUCGAUAAAUGCUGUAAAUACUAUUCCACCAAUAGUUCUUUUUGUCCUCAUACAGAAGCAAGUUGCAACAACUGUAAUAUAACAAUCAACGAUGAUAAUUCUCGUCCGAAUAAAACAUACUUUCGAAAAUAUAUUCCAUACUUCGUUUCUGAUAUUCCGGAUCAAGAUUGUGCUAAAGCUGGUCGACCUUCUUACUUAGACGCAAUUAAUUAUUAUUAUGACCACUAUGGUUUGAUUGAUAUCGGUGAUACUUAUUUUAUGGGAUAUCACACACCAUUAAAAAAAUCUAGCGAUUGGUAUGAAUCGUUAAGAGCUGCACGUGUUAUAGCUGCUAAUAUUACAAAUAUGAUUAAUAAUGCUAAAUUAAGUGAUAAGAAAAUUACAGUAUUUCCGUACAGUAUUUUUUACGUGUUCUACGAACAAUAUUUAACAAUCUGGCAAGAGACAUACUUGUCUAUAAGCUUGUCAUUGGCCGUCAUUUUUCUUGUUACGUUAUUGUUGACUGGAAUAUCAAUAUUUUCUGCAAUAAUUGUAGUUGUUACUGUAUUGAUGAUAAUUAUCAAUAUAGGUGGACUUAUGUAUUGGUGGAAUGUACAAUUAAAUGCGGUAUCAUUAGUUAAUUUAGUUAUGGCUGCUGGAAUUUCAGUGGAAUUUUGUAGUCAUAUCGUACAUUCUUAUUUAAUAUCAAAUCAAGAUACAAGAAUUGCUCGUACUUCGGAAGCACUUUCGUUAACAGGAAGUUCCGUCUUUUCUGGAAUUACUUUAACCAAAUUUGUGGGUAUCGCAGUAUUGGGAUUUGCAAAAAGUCAAAUAUUUCGCGUUUUCUAUUUUAGAAUGUAUUUAGGAAUUGUAUUAUUUGGUGCUACGCACGGGCUAAUCUUUCUGCCUGUUUUAUUAAGCUUUAUUGGACCCGAACGUAAGGACAACAAACCUUUGCUAAGAUAAUAUUAAAAUUAGAUUUUUCUAAUUA